CUUGCAAGAGAUGGGGAAAUAUUACGACAUGAUGCAGGACCAAUGGAGAACCCUUGCAUACCGAAAGGCUGUCGCAACCCUGAAGAAGCAGACCGACUGGAUCACGACGCGAGAGCAAGCCAUCCGUCUUCCUAGCAUUGGGGAACGUCUUGCCGCCAAGAUAGAGGAGAUCGCUAUGACAAAUGGUCUUCGACGUCUCGAGAGUACGAAAACCGACUCGUUGGACGAGAACCUCCGACUAUUCCUGGGCAUCUAUGGAGUCGGCCUGACGCAGGCACACAAGUGGAUCCAGCAGGGUUACCGAACGUUGGACGAUCUAAAAGAAAAAGCCCACCUAACCAAGAAUCAACUCAUCGGAAUUGAACAUUACGAUGAUUUCGCGACCCGGAUCCCCCGGAGCGAGGUCGAGGUUCAUGGACAGAUCGUCCGGAAAGCGUUGCAGAAGAUCGACCCUCUGUUCGAAGUCACCAUUAUGGGCUCCUAUCGACGUGGUGCGAAGACGUGCGGCGAUAUUGACUGUGUCAUCACGAUACCGAAGGGAUCUAUUGAUUACAUCCGCAACGCAGUCGUAGACGAACUCGUACCGGAACUCAUGAAGCAAGGGUUUUUGAAGGUCGGCCUAGCGACAACCAACAAAGACAAUGGGUCAAAGUGGCACGGUGCAUCCGCCGUACCAGGCUCGUCACUCUGGCGGCGUAUCGACUUCCUGCUUGUGCCCUGGAACGAGAUGGGCGCUGCCUUGAUUUACUUCACCGGAAACGACUUGUUUAACCGCAGCAUUCGGCUUCUCGCUAGCAAGAAAGGGAUGCGACUAAACCAGCGCGGUUUAUUCAAGGAUGUGAUGAGAGGCAAGAACCGGGCCAAGAUCACGGAGGGUACAUUGAUAGAGAGCAAGAGUGAGAAGCGGAUCUUCGAGAUUUUGGGUGUUCCGUGGCGGCCUCCUCACGACCGCCAGAUCUAAGUGCCGAUGAAGACUUUCUUGGAU